UCACUACUCGUGGCGACUGAGUGCAAGAGAUGACCAGUCACUGACCAGUCAAGCGUUGCAAUCGCGUCGAAUUCCGCUUAAGCGGCGGCUAACUAACCAUUAGCCAGCAUAGUCUAAUGACAGGUGAGAAGGAGGGGUGAUUUUAUGUCAACUUCGCAGACAUGCAUGCAUAAUAAGGUAAUCAAAGGAUUGGAGAGGGGUAAGUAAUGUCAACUUAGAAGCAAGCCGUGUCACAAUCCGGAGUCGGACUUACGUCAUUAGGAACAGGGGUCAGCACCAGCUAUUGUUCACUUCUUCCACAACGAGGGGCACGCUGGGCAUCAAUCUUGCCCUGCACAGCUCACUUAAUCUGAGAAUCCAACCUCCUUUGUACUGAGUCACCAAGUCUUGCCGAUAGGAACUAUGUCCGAGAAUAUCCUCAUCGUCGGUGCUACCAGAGGCUUGGGGUCAUCCCUCAAGACUCUAUAUGCAGGGAGACAAUCCACGAAGACGGUUUUUGCAACCACCCGAGAUUCUACGAAGCCAAAAGACGAGCCUCUCGUCUCAUGGAUUCCGAACAUUGACGUGUCCAAACCUGAUGUCGGCCAAAGUUUGGUUUCCCAGCUGUCCUCAUCUGAGAAGAUCUCAACAGUCAUCAUCUCCGCGGGCUAUUUUGGGUUCGAGACAUUUGAUGAUCCCGAUUGGGAGAAACAAGUUAAGAUGUAUACCACCUCUGCUAUUGGGCCUGUCUUUCUAGUCCAUCACCUGGCCAAAGCCGGACUCUUGGAGGCCGGUAGCAAGAUAAUUCUGGUCAGUAGCGAGAGUGGAAGCAUUACGUUGCGUCAUGAGAAGGAGGGUGGCGGAAAUUAUGGUCACCAUGCCAGCAAAGCAGCUCUUAAUAUGGUCGGGAAGCUGCUGAGUUUGGACCUCAAAGACAAAGGAAUCGCUGUCGGCAUAGUCCAUCCUGGGUUUAUGCGCACGGAGAUGACAAAGGGUGUGGGAUUUGACAAGUACUGGGAUGCCGGCGGAGCUGUCACCCCAGAUGAGGCAGCAGAAUCGCUCGCUUCAUUUACAGACACGUUUGACAUCAGCAAGACCGGACAAUACUGGGCACCGCGGGGCCCCAGGGACAUCGGGACUGCCGAGCCUGUCCUAGGUAGCGACUUGCCGACACCCCUCCAACUGCCCUGGUAGAAAGCUUUUGCAAUGUUGAAGCUAGGGCUGGUACUGUGGUAACCAGAA